UUUCCUCUCUUCACUUUCCCAAUCUUCUUUCAUCUCUUAAUAUUUCGAAUUUCGUUUUUGUCUCCUUAGAACACAACAUUUCGAAUUUUUUUCCGAUAAAUUUUUCAUCGUUUAAUUAUUUCAUUCCUUUUCCCGUUUCUGUUUUCGCAUGAUUCUUUCUACUUGUUUUAAAUUCAUUUCAUUUCGUAGUUCUAAAUCAUUGUCACUAAAAGGUGAAGGAAGUACUUCACCUUCCCCAGGGUCAAACAUUCUCUAUCAACCAUAUAGAUUGGCGUUUUUAACCGCUCUUUCUUCUUCCGCCUCUACCUGUCUAUUUAUCUCUCUAUCUCUCGCCUAAUCUACCUUCACACAUUUAUUCUUCCUGUCUGUCUCUCUCUCUCCUCUCUUAAUCUACCCUCACAUUCUCAAUUUCAUACUCUCACUCUCUCUUGUCCUAUUCAUCUACCCUCACACUCACUCUCUCUUGUCCCAUUCAUCUACCCUCACACUCUCUCUCUCUCUUUAACUCUCACCCUCCCGUACCCUCUCUCUCUCUAAGACAGUAGAUCUCGAUGCGUGAGUGAGGAGUGAGAGUAUGAGUCUGAAACCAACAGACAUGGACCUUCCAAUUGAUGAAAUAGUACUCUACAGAGAUGAACACGUUGGUCUUGGAUUUAAUAUUCGGGGUGGAAUUGAUAUGCCCCUGGCCUGGGAUACAGGAAUUUUUGUGGCUCGAAUCAAAGAAAAAGAAGCAGCAGAUAUUGAUGGCCGUUUAGAAGAAGGAGAUAAAAUUUUAGAGGUGAAUGGUCAGAGUUUGGAGAAUUUACCACAUAGUGAAGCAGUCAAGAUAUUUCUCUCAGCUGGAAAUGUUGUAAAGCUAAAGGUCCAACAUGGUGCAAUGGAUAACCUUGUGAAGGCUGCCAAUCGCAAAAUAGAUCAUGACAAAAAGCAAUCGAUGACAGAUUAUAUUUACCCAGCCCUGCUUUUGGUGACAGGCAUUGCUGUCCUCUCUGCCGGCGCUUUCUUUGUACACAAACGCUUCUUCAACAGAUAAUUAUGUAGAAUUUUAGACAUUUAGUUAUUUUAUCAUCUAUCAAAUGAAUUGGAUCUCCUCCUCUCACUUUAGUGCAUAAGAG